CGGAAGUGUAUCGUCUGAACUGUGACCCUGUCCCACGUUGUCCGCGGUGUGGCUGUCGGCGGAGUGUUGUGAGUGUUGUGAGUGUGACCCGUUACUGAGACACACAACAUGCCGACAACAAGCGACCAGGACGCUAAAGUAGAGCCGCGGGCCGCCAUGAGCAAGACCCCGGAGAAGAGGAGCAAGACAUCGGAGAAGAGGAGCAAGACCCCGGAGAAGAGGAGAGCCGAGGAGGAGGAGGAUGAGGAGGAGGAACUGCUCCCAGUGGAUGUCGAGGGUUCCUCGCUGGCUCUCGAGGGCUCCUCAGACAGCGAGGAGAGUUUGUUCUCCGGCCUUGAGGAAUCCGGCAGCGACAGUGAGGAAGACGAUGAGGAUGAGGAAGAGGAAGGUGUUCCUGGGAGCGCAGUGGACCCCGACGGUGGGAACUCUCAGGAAACGGUAGAGGAAGGAGAAGAGAGGGGGAUGACAGAGAAGGAGAGAGCCCUCCUCAAGGACAAAACGGACGAAUACGACCACGACUCAUCGGACGAAGAGGACAUCAGGAACACGGUCGGGAACAUCCCCAUGGAAUGGUACAAGGACUUCCCUCACAUUGGCUAUGACCUGGACGGGAAGAAGAUCCUCAAGCCAAUCAGGAACAAGGAUGAACUCGAUGACUUCCUGGACAAGAUGGAGAACCCUGAUUACUGGCGGACCGUCCCGGACAAGCAGACAGGAAGUGAGAUCGUCCUCACAGACGACCAGGUGGACCUCGUCCACCGCCUGCAGAGAGGACAGUUUGGAGAUGUCAACUUUAACCAGUACCAGCCCACGGUGGAGUUCUUCAGCGGGGAGGUGAUGAUCCACCCGGUGACCAACCGACCCGAGGACAAGCGCAGCUUCAUCCCCUCGCUGAUCGAGAAGGCCAAGGUGUCCAAGCUGGUCCACGCCAUCAAGAUGGGCUGGAUCCGCCCCCGGCGCUCCAAGGAGGAGCGGGCCGAGGAGGCGGGGCGCUACUACGACCUGUGGGCCAGCGAGGACCCCAACGCCAUCCUGGGACGCCACAAGAUGCACGUCCCGGCGCCCAAGCUGAGGCUGCCGGGCCACGAGGAGUCGUACAACCCCCCCCCGGAGUACCUGCUGAGCGAGGAGGAGCGUCUGGCCUGGGAGCAGCUGGACCCCGAGGACAGGAAGACGACGUACCUGCCCAGGAAGUUCUCCUGUCUGCGCGCCGUGCCCUCGUACUCGCGCUUCAUCCACGAGCGCUUCGAGAGGUGCCUGGACCUCUACCUGUGUCCCCGGCAGAGGAAGAUGAGGGUCAACGUGAAUCCAGAGGAUUUGAUUCCAAAGCUUCCAAAACCCAAAGACCUGCAGCCCUUCCCUACGACCCAGUCACUGGUAUACCGCGGUCACACGGGCUUGAUUCGCUCCAUCAGUGUUUCUCCAACUGGCCAGUGGCUUCUCUCAGGCAGUGAUGACGGCACGGUGCGGUUCUGGGAGGUGGUUUCUUCCCGCUGCUUGAAGACGGUCCAGGUGGGCGGAGCCGUGAGGAGCGUCGCCUGGAACCCCAACCCAGCGGUCUGUCUGGUGGCCGUCGCUGUUGGUUGUGACGUGUUACUGCUGUGUCCCUCCCUGGGCGACCGGCUGCUGAUUGGCUCCACCGAGCAGCUCCUCUCUUCCUAUCAGCCGCCAGAAGAGAAGGGGGAGGAGCUUGUCGUCUGGACGACCGCUGAAGGGGAGGAGCAUAGCCAGGGCGUACGCCUGAGACUCACACAUCCCAAGGCGGUGCAGCAGGUGGUGUGGCACUCUAAGGGCGACUACCUGUCCUCCGUGAUGCCCCAGCCCUCCAGCCACCUGCAGGUGCUGGUGCACCAGGUGAGCCGGAGGCGGAGCCAGAACCCGUUCCGCCGCAGCAAGGGCCUGGUGCAGUGCGUAUCCUUCCACCCGCUGAGGCCCUACUUCUUCGUGGCCACGCAGCGCUCCGUCCGCGUCUACAACCUCAUCAAGCAGGAGAUGACCAAGAAGCUGCAGGCCAACUCCAAGUGGAUCUCCAGCAUGGCCGUGCACCCCGCAGGGGACAAUGUGAUCUGUGGGAGCUACGACUGCCGCCUGGCCUGGUUCGACCUCGACCUCUCAACCAAACCCUACAAGAUGCUCCGGCACCAUAAGAAGGCGGUGAGGGGCGUGGCCUAUCACCCCAGCUACCCGCUGUUCGCCUCCGCCUCUGACGACGGCUCUGUCAUCGUCUGUCACGGGACCGUGUACAACGACCUGCUCCAGAACCCGCUCAUCGUCCCCGUGAAGGUGCUCCGGGGUCACACUGUGACCAACGACCUCGGAGUUCUGGACGUGACCUUUCACCCCAGCCAACCCUGGCUCUUCUCCUGCGGCGCAGACGCAACCAUCAGGCUCUUCACCUAGUCGCCCCCGGCAACCACAUCAGCCUCGUCCCCAUCCCCCGGUCGCCCCCCGGCAACCGUCAGCCUCAUCCCCGGAAACCAUCGGGCUGUUCACCUAGUCGCCCCCCGGCAACCAAGCGUGUCAUCUGUCUUCUGUCGGCUGUUCUGUUUUUAAUAAAGCUCAGUUUUUCUCAGUG